AACCGGCUGCCCCUUCGGCUCCCUCUCCCUCCCCGUCCAUUCCAUCUGUCUGUCUGUCUGUCCGUCCAUCCCGUCCAUCCCGUCCAUCAUGGAGUCCCAGGUCCGCCAGAAUUACCACCGAGACUGCGAGGCCGCCGUCAACCGCAUGGCCAACAUGGAGCUCCACGCGUCCUACGCCUACCUCUCCAUGGGCUUUUACUUCGAGCGGGACGAUGUGGCGCUGCCGCGGCUCGGCCGCUUCUUCCUGGAGCAGGCUCGGGAGGAGCGGGAGCACGCCCAGGGGCUCCUGCGCUUCCAGACGCGCCGCGGCGGCCGCGUCUUGCUGCAGGACAUCAAGAAGCCGGAGCGGGACACUUGGGGGUCGGCGCUGGAGGCGGUGGAGGCGGCGCUGCAGCUCGAGAAGUCGGUGAACCAGGCGCUGCUGGACCUGCACGCUCUGGCCUCCGAGAAGGGAGACCCCCACCUCUGCGACUUCCUCGAGUCUCACUACCUGGACGAGCAAGUGAAAGCCAUCAAGGCGCUGGGGGACCACGCCACCAACCUGCGGCGCCUCGGCGGCACCGGCGGCUCCACCGGCCCCGCCCCGGCCCCGGCCGGCCUCGGGGAGUACCUGUUCGACCGCCUGAGCCUGGAGGAGGAGCGCAGCUGAACCCCCGAGCCCCGCCCGGGACCCCCCCAGACCCUCGUAACCCCCGAGCCCCGCCCGGGACCCCCCCAGACCCUCGUGAACCCCCGAGCCCGCUCCACAGGGGCUUUGCCUGCUGGGCCACCCCCCCAGCACGACUCCAAUAAAGGGUCUGUCCUAGCGCCA